GAUAACGUUGCUCUAAGCCCUUCACCUCCUCUCCUUUCUUCAUUCUCUCUCGGUCUCCUCUCUCCAAAUGUCUCAAAUCUCUGAAACUUCUCCAAAACAUUGCGCCAAAAAAGGAGGGAUUAACAUCAACAGCCGUCGUAAGAAACUAUUCUUCACGAUCUCUACUUUCUUCAGCGGCCUUCUCCUCAUCAUCUUCCUCAUCUGGCUCAUCCUCCAUCCCGCGAAACCCGAGUUCUCCCUCACGGAAGCUGAUAUCUACACCCUCGAUGUCUCAUCCUCCACCACUCAUCUCCUCAACUCCUCAAUCCAGCUCACAAUCUUCUCCAAAAACCCUAACAAAAAAGUAGGAAUAUACUACGACAAGCUUCUAGUAUACUCAGCAUACAGAGGACAACAAAUAACACCAGAGGCUUCUCUACCGCCUUUCUAUCAGUCUCACGAAGAAAUCAAUCUUUUGACAGCGUUUCUCCAAGGGAAUGAGUUACCCGUUGCUCAGUCCUAUGGUUAUCAAAUCGUUCGUGAUCGGUCCGCCGGUAGAGUAAUCAUCGGUAUGAAGAUGGACGGGAAGCUUAGGUGGAAGAUCGGGACAUUUGUCUCUGGCGCAUACCGGUUUAAUGUGAAUUGUGUUGCACUAGUGGCUUUUGGACCGAACAUGACCACUUCUCCAUUAGGUUCAAUACAAGGGACUCGUUGCUCUACCGAUAUAUGAGAUACUGUAUAUUGAAUAAUCAACCAUAGAUAUACACUAUAGUUUUUUUCACUUUGUUUUGAUGAUGUUUUGUUUUGGUCAUUAGUACUACUUUUAAAGAAAUAUUAAACUGUUUAUCAAGAA